GAAGCAGAGCAAGUCGACGUGUAACAGCAGCAGGUUACUCAGCACUGAUCUGUACCUGUGUCCCCAGCUUGAAGCCAUGCAGUCCUGCCGUAUGCGCUGUGCCCUCACCCUGCUCUCUUUGGCUCUGGCUGUCAGUUCUCUAUCAGCGGCUCCCACAGACCCGAGACUCCGCCAGUUCCUGCAGAAAUCACUCGCAGCGGCAGGGAAACAGGAGUUGGCCAAGUAUUUCCUGGCAGAGUUGCUAUCAGACCCUUCCCAGACAGAGAAUGAAGCAUUGGAAGCAGACGACUUACCCAGAGGUGCUGAACAAGACGAUGUAAGACUGGAACUGGAAAGAUCUGCAAACUCUAGCCCAGUCUUGGCUCCCAGGGAACGCAAAGCAGGAUGCAAAAACUUCUUCUGGAAAACAUUUACAUCCUGUUAGUUUACACCCCCUUCCACUGCCCCCCCAUUCCCCAAGCCAAGCCUUCACCGCAGGAGCCGAAGACUGUAAAUAUCACUCAGAGUUAUGGUGAAAAAACAUGCUGAUUUGGAGUUGUUUAAUAAAACUUUUAGUUGAAAUUGUACAUGAUUUGCUUGGGUCGUGAUUUCUCAAUAGUUCCUAUGAUAUGCACUCUGCAAUUCUCACAGAUGUACUAUUUUUAAUUCUUUGUUGCAAUAAAGUUUGUUUCAAACUA